AUGUCUGCUCAUGGAGUAGACUACUAUAAGGUCCUCGAGGUCAGCGACAAGGCAUCGCAACAACAAAUCCGCGAUGCCUACAAGAAGCAAGCCCUCAAGCACCACCCCGACCGUGUCGCUUCCGACAGCCCUGAGCGCGCCGCCCGCACAAAGCGCUUCCAGCAGAUAAACGACGCCUACUACACGCUCUCGGACCCCGCGCGGCGCCGCGACUACGACUCCGCCCGCAGCUACCAGUCUUUCACCGGCGCGCCCGAACCCGCGACCCCCGACUUCGAAGAGGAAAUUCCCCGACAGAGCAAUGCUGGCGGCGGUGGUGCCUUUGGCGGCUUCCCAUGGAGCGCGUUCGGCUUCGGCAGUGCGCCCGCCGGCGACACGGAGGAGUCGCACAACCGCUUCAGCAACGAUCAGUUCGGCGGGGUGUUUGAGGAGAUGCUGCGCGAGGAGGGCAUGGCCGAGGGUGCGGACGCGCACCCCACGGGCAAGUUCUGGAGCAUGAUCGGCGGCGCGAGCGGCGCGGCGAUGGGCUUCAUCGUUGCGAAUUUCCCUGGGGCGGUUGCGGGAGCGGUUGCGGGGAACAGGCUGGGUGCUGUUAGGGAUGCCCGCGGCAAGAGCGUGUACAGUGUGUUCCAGGAGUUACCGCAGGCGGAUAAGGCGAGGAUGUUGAGUGAUCUUGCCGCGAAGGUGUUUGCGCACGCAGUGGGGUCGUAG